AUGACGGAGUGGACCCUGCUCAAGAGACUCCUGGACGCUGUCCACCAGCACUCCACCAUGAUCGGUCGCCUGUGGCUCACCGUCAUGGUCAUCUUUCGGCUGCUCAUCGUUGCGGUGGCCACUGAGGACGUGUACACCGACGAGCAGGAGAUGUUUGUGUGCAACACGCUGCAGCCGGGAUGCUCCACCGUCUGCUACGACGCGUUCGCGCCAAUCUCGCAACCUCGCUUCUGGGUCUUCCACAUCAUCAGCGUCUCCACGCCAUCCCUCUGCUUCAUCAUCUACACGUGGCACAACCUGUCCAAGCUGCCCCACAAUUGCACCCAAAGGCAAAGGCUUGGACUAGGGGGCAUCUCAAAGUCGGGGGGCCUGGAUCUCGGGCCACGCAGUGGACGCGAGGUUUUUGAUCGGAGCUGCGACUCGGACAGCUGCUCCAUCCGCUCCCAUAAGCACUUGGGUCACAGUUUGGCGGAUGUGCUCGAGGGCGUUACUGCUCACAACCUCUUGAGGGGAGAACCCGACAAAACAAUGCCCUUGAGCCACGCUCAAGGUUACACCGUCGUAGAGGGAACUGCAGAGGUCUCCGGAGGGGUUCUGUCUAAAUGUUACAUCUUCCAUGUGUGUUUGCGGGCUGUUCUGGAGGUGAGUUUUGUGGUGGCCCAGUGGAAGCUGUUUGGCUUCCAGGUACCUGUCCAUUUCCUUUGUACGUCUGUCCCGUGCAGCCAGCCGGUGGACUGCUACGUCUCCAGGCCCACUGAGAAGACCAUAUUCUUGCUCUUCAUGUUUUGUGUGGGGAUUUUCUGUAUCAUGCUCAACCUGCUGGAACUUAACCACCUGGGCUGGAAGAAGAUCAGACAGGCUGUGAGGCUGAAGGAGAGGGCGUCCUGGGGAGGCUGUCCAGGUAUGAGGGGGGGGUAUGAAACCUUCCCCCCAGACAGCCCCUGUCUCACAACCUCUUUAGGCUACAAGGGCGCGACCAGCACCACUUCGCUGCCCACUUUGGACCUGGUGGUGGGUCACCAGCCUGACUGGACCUGCGCUGUGAACUGUGGCAGGAUGAGGGAGCGUGAGGAGGCCCGAGAGACAAGACCAGGUCAAACAAAGUCACAGGACUCCCAUAAAGGAGAGAGGCAGCCUCUAAAGAGUAAGAUGGCGAUCAGAGAGUCCAAACAGAGGAGUGCGGAGGUCUGGAUAUAG